AUGAUUUUAACGUUUCGGGACUUAAAAGAUCUCAUUGAGCGCAAUGCUCAGUGGAACGAGAAUGCUGGUGAGUGGCACUUGCGCUGCGUCGCGUACGCUGGUAAUAACAUUCACAGGCCACCGGAGGACGAGGGCAGCGUUUUGAUAGCGGAUGACUAUUUGCCCAAUGUCUACAUUAGCUACAAGAGUGAAGGAUUGGUAAAGCACAAAAAAAGGGAGCCCAAGGGGAGGAAAAAGUCGGAUGAUAUGUUAAUCAGAGACUGGCUAGUUGGUGUCUCCCCUCUGAUAACAAGCGUGUGUGGUCGCGGUGGCGGCGGCGGCGGCCGGCGUCUGGCUGGCUCGCAUCGCCUCGUCUUUGCCAAGUGUCUGAUUAACCCUGCGUCAGAAUCUAACACUCCUCUUAAAUGCUUCUCUUAA